AUGUGGACUCCGCUGCUUCUUUUUUUGAUCUUUUCAUUUUUAGUGGAUUUGAAUGAGAGCUGUCAAGAACCACCGAGUCGAGGUCACUCGAGAUGUGGCAAGAAUCUGAAAUCAAAAAAGUAUUAUUUCGACAAAAAACUCGAAAUGUGCCUUCCAUUUCUCUACGAAGGUUGCGGUGGAAAUUUCAAUCGAUUCGAUGAUUCAGAUAUGUGCAAUUUAAGAUGUAGAGCAGCAGAUAAAGGAAUUUGUGGCGGUGGCUCCAAGGCUUUGGGCAGCUGCUCAAAUAGAAAUAAGACUUGUCCAAGAGGUUCGAAAUGCAUAACAAUGGCAUUUGGACUUGGAUUAUGUUGUGAUGAACUCAUUCAAGAAGCAUGGCGACAAGAAAACCAUCCAGUAUGUACCAUUCCGAACCAUGAAGUUGUUACAGAGACAGUUUGGUAUGGAGAGCAAGAACUCUUGGGAAGACAUUGUGGUCACAAAUUCUGUCCGAUCGGAUCGAAGUGUGUCGAAGGCAGAUGGCUGGCUCACUGCUGCAGACCAAUCAUAAAAGCCGCUAAUUCAUAG